AUGGGAUGCUGCUAUAUAUCUCGUCUGCCAGACCACAUCCUCAUGACAAUCUUCUGCAAAGUUCCAAUCACCACUGUUGCAGAAUGCAGAUACGUUUGCAAGUCAUGGAUUGAUAUUCUCUCACACCCUAUUUUUGCUAAUACAUUUAAACAAUCCACCACCUCCACUGGGGCGACCUCCCUUGUGUUGUGUGUGAAAACUGAUGACCUCUACUUUCUCGAAUUCCCUCAAGGAUCAGAGUCUCCUUUCUCCUUGAAUCUUGUAGCAGAGUUUGUGAAGAGACCGCCGCCAGAAGCACUUGAACAUAAUCAUCGUCUCAGGUUUGUCAAUUCAUGCAAUGGCUUGGUUUGUGUACGUGAAGUAAAUCCUCUUCGUGAUUCUUUCAUUCAUAUAUUGAAUCCUGUUACUAGGGAAUACAUUACUCUUCCGCCAUUUGAAGAGGAAAGGGAAAGGCAUAUUGCAGUGGACUUAUGUGGAAUAGGGUUUAGUCCCAAGACUAACCAGUUUAAAGCUAUUAGAUUUUUUGCAGAGCUUAAUGAUUUGAGUUAUGAUUUGAAUUGUGAGGUAUACACGCUUGGCACUGGCACCUGGAGAAACAUCGGGCUGGUACCGGAACUUGAUAUGGCCGAUUGGAUUUGUGCGGAUUACUUUUCUUUUGAAGCAUUUGUCAACGGAUUCUUUCAUUGGCUGAUCUUAACACGUGAUCAUACUGAAUACGAUCGUUUUAUUCCUUCUUUAUGCACUUUCGAUUUUGAAAGUGAGAAAUUUGAAACAAUGUGGAUGCCGCCUCCUGAAAUUGAUGAUGAUACCUAUCAAUACCCCGGUCUUGGGGUCUUUAACAACUCUAUUUAUUUCGCUGGUUAUGACUUCUGUCAUGAGGAAUCUUACCAGAUAUGGCUGAUGAGAGAGUAUGGUGUUGUCGAAUCUUGGACCAAAAUACUUGUCAUAGAACUCGAUUGGGCAAGAAAGUGCUUUCCUUAUGACUUUUGUUUUAUACUGGCAAAAUUAUUCGAAAAUGGGGAUCUUCUUCUAUUGCAUCAAGGAGAUACAUUUCUAUAUAAUUCCAGAAGUAAAAUUUUCACGAAGUUAGAUGCUCCAGAGAUAAAAUCAUCAAUUCGAGCAAUUGUUCACGAACCAAGUUUCGUCUCCCUCAAAGCUAUUGUAAAGGAUGACAGCUCGUGCGAGGUUAGGAAACUCAACUGCAGGGGGGCUAAUUAA